AUAAAUACAUUUAUUUACAAAUGUGCAACGCAGUCAUUGCGAGCCAAGCCGAGAACUAAACGAAAUCCAUAAGUGUAUCAACAAAAACGGGAAAGGCGAAGCCUUCCGUUUCUGUCACCUUCGUAGUUUCAUAUUGUGUGGUCGUUGUAGUAGGCGAUCGGUAGUGAGGAUGCUGCGGCCGACCAGCGGUUGUAGCUAGCCUAAACGUCCUCAAGAUGGGCCCAGCGGCUGCUGUGGUGCUGUUCUGGGCGUGCUUUGUGCAACCGACGCCGGCGCAGCUGAUCAUCAACGUGCGCAACGCGGGAGGCGACCUGCUCCGCGAGCGACUGCUAGCCAACACCAGCGACGAGACCAUCACACUCGAAUUCCAGAGGGCUGAUGGCACGCACGUCACGCAGCUCAUCGACUUCCGCGCGGAGGUGCAGGUGUUUCGGGUAGUGGUCUUGGCCGAGGAAGAGCAAGGCCACAGGGAACCUCAGGUGCUGUGCUUCCUCAUUCGCUUCAAUCGCCUGGGCUUCAUCUCGGUUGACGCCAUGUCUAAGUUGCGGCAGCGGAACCCCUUGGCGGAACGAGAACCCGAGGAUGACCGUGGCCGUGAACUGGUGCAAUUGGACCUGAGCGUGGACUUGUCCCGUGCGGGUCUCAUCUCGCCGCAUGUGGCCACGUUGUGUGCCGAUGCCCCCCAGGCGACCUUCGCUCGACAAGGGGACAUGCAGGCGUGGGCUGCUUCACCUGCACGCCAAGCGUCUGGCCAGGAUCCACUUUUGCUGGCAACUGCUGUACGUCCAGCACCGGGAACAACAGAAGCAGCGGCAGGUCUGCGCUGUGGUGCCCUGUCUCAAACGACAUCGGGCCCAUGUGGCUGUCAUUUGCAGCUGUGCGUUGCCUGGUUUCCAUGUGGUCUCAAGUGGUGCCGCGAUGCUCGCCGAGCUGCCUUCCGCUGCGGGAUACGCUCGUGCCGCAAGUGCCGAGAGUUCCGCUUUCCCGUGACCGACCGCAUGCAGUGCCUCUGGGACGAUUCCUCUGCUUCCUGAUGGUUGCUGGCAUCGCUUGCCCACCGUAGACGGCCUUAGGGACAAAGCUUUGGCAAGCAGUCGCCAACAAUCCCAGCCUUAGUCGUGGCCAAGAUGCAGGUGGUACACCUCUGCAGUCGACUCCCGUAGGUUCAAGAUCGUCUAUGGCCCAGUGCUACAGCUGCUACGGACUUCUCACCAGCUCGUGAGAGUAUAUAGGAGGCAUGAAUGGGCAUAUAGAAGGCCGAAUGGGCAUGACCUAAGCCCAGGUCAAUGCCCAAGUGCAGCAGUGUUGCAAGGUUCACAUGUUACCCUGUCUGUCACAAGGUCUAAGUAAGGUCAUGGUGAGUUUAUCAUGUGGUAUGUGAAUGAGGGCAUUCACUGAGUUAAGACGACUGUUUUUUAACCAUUUAAAUAAGCUCUUAUACAUGCCUCUUGCAAAGCGUGAGGUGGUGUGAACAAAAUACAUUAAACUGAUCAAAACUUUGUUGUGCCGCAGACUUCAUUGCUAAUCUGCAGCAAAUUUUAGGAUAUGAAGUGUUAACAAAGUAUGUUGUCAUUGUUCAGUGCUCUACAAAUGUCAUUUCGGCAGCUUUUGGUGGGCCAUGGUACAACGCCAAACUAUCGCUCAACUCCAAAAGCUGUGAAGUUCAGGUGAUACCUUGCUAACAGUGUGCGCAUAAGGUCCCAACAUAAUUUCAUUUUUGGUGCUUCUUGUGUUCAUAGUGUACGUGUGAAGUGCAAGAGUAGUAGUAGCUACGAUACAUUGAAGGCAAUUAAUAAUUUGCAAAUUGCAAGCGUGCUCGUGUUGGUGCACACACAGUUGUUGCAUUUACAGUGUAUACUGCAGUACAUUUUAGUAUUAUUUUGUACUGUUAAUGAAAAAUUUGCCUCUAAGGCAACGUCAUGAGCAAUUUGUUGCAUAUCUUGUGAUCAGACACCCAAUGUGUAGAGCUGAUUUGUGGGGUUUAACGUCCCAAAACCAAACCCAAUGUGUAGAGCUGUUCGUGUGCUAGUAUUUAUGCAAUUAGGAAAAAGGCAUGGAAUGAACCUAAAGUGGAAAAUAGGGUAUUUUACAUUCUGUGGUGUGUCGAAGCCUUCACAGUGACACAUCAAUAUUGCUGCUAUUCAGUAUACUAGGCUGUGUAUCCGAGCUGCUGUUAAGGGGGCCUUGCGCCCAUUUAUUCAAGUAAUAGUCAGAUGGCUUCAGUAAAAAAGCUCAUUGCCAUACGAAUCGGCUGCCACAAAAAGUUUUAGGAUCUCUUAAGUGUGAGCGAAUUUACAGGGAUUGCCGUACGCUUCAAGCGCUUUUUCUUUCCUUUCGUACUAGUCGCUGAAAGCUACGCCGAGAAGGGAACAUUUCGCAAACUGUUGCAGGGCCCUUUUAAGCAACAAUGCUAUGCAGUGGACACAAACAAUGACAGAAAAGGUAAAGCUGUUUGUAUGAAUUAACCCGAGUUUACUGUAAGUUUGUUCAUAGGGAAACAUUUGGCUCCUUGAGCAGCUAAAAGAACAAGCUUGUCCCUAAGCCGUGUGUAAUAUGAUUGGUGCAUGCAAAAAUGUCUAGGAACAAAAAUUAGGUUGUGUGCUUUAGAUAAGUCGGACAGAAUUCGAAAAUCAUUUACCUGCUGUGUGCCUUCAUGAGGUCACAUUGAUAACUUUGGCUGGAAAGUCUUAUCCCAGAGCUGAUCGCUGCAAUACAAAAUAUCAAGUAAAAAUGCUGCUGUGAUUCGCAUAAACUAAAGCAUGGCCAUGUGAAAGCUUCCUAACGUUGCACCUUUGAGAAUAUGAAAAAAAGAACAUGCUUUAGGAUACUAACACAUACACAAAAGACACCUUCAGGUUUCGCUCCAGAAUAAGUUAUAAAAAUUCGUAGCUGUUUGUGUGAUGCAAAAAAAGAAGCGCAUGACAAAGUGCAAAAAGAUAAACAAAUAAGAAAGACCACGAUUUACUUUAGUUUGUCACAGAACACUUUUGAUGGAGUGAGGUGUUUGAAAAGCCUGUGUAUAGCUAACUUUUUUUUAAUAGCUGUCAUUGCAAAUAGUGUCACUUUGUAAUAUGGUCACAAAUGAAUUUUGCACGUAAAAGAAUUGCUUAAAAGUGUCUGAAGAAUAUUGAGCAGUCUGUAAAGCAAAGUCAAAGAAAAUUUAUUUCUUCGGGGUGUUUGAA